AUGACCGGCCGUGGAGGAGGUGGAGGAGGAGGAAGAGGAAAGGUCCUUUUACCUCCGAUCAACUUCAUAUUCAAGCUCCUACAGCAGCGCUCGACUGUGUCAAUAUGGUUGUUUGAGCAGCUGGCUAUCCGAAUAGAGGGCAAGAUUAGGGGCUUCGAUGAGUUCAUGAAUCUGGUGAUAGACGAUGCCGUGGAAGUCAAGCAAGCUACAAAGACAGAGGAGGAGAAGCGCAGGGAAUUAGGCCAGAUACUUCUGAAAGGAGAUAACGUGUCUCUAAUCCAGGCCCUACAAUAA